CAUAACAUCCGUGUAUAGUAGGCGUCUUAUACUCGGAAAAUGAUGCAAAGUUUGCUGUUAUCGUUGACUCAAACAACCGAAUAAAAGUGCAAUCUUGAUUUCUGAGUAGAAGCGUCACUGUUUCCGAAUACCUACUUUUGUUUCGAGAUAUUUCUCAAUUAUGGUUGUCUGACUAGUGGAAAACUAAUGAUUAACUCUGGUCUCCUCACUGAAUGGAAAGCUAAUCCGGGAGUUUCAAACCAGGAAAAACGCAAGUAACUGAUAAGGCUUUAAACAACGUUAACAGGAAGGAGAAAGCAUUCAGUCUCCUCAGAAUGCAGCAUUUUAUUUGUGUAUGUGGUGAUAGCAACUUAAAACUCGAAUGAGUUAUUUCGUGAAGUGAUUUCAAAUAGAUUAUUGUGGGAAUGAUGGGAGUUGGGCAUAUUUUACCUAUUAUUACGGUUUUAUCGUUUUCUGAAUUAGCUGUUGGCGCUCUGGACUUUCAGUGCCUCAAAUGUCUGUGCGAAACAGCCACCCUGUGCAUGACACUUCCCUGUGACCACUCAAAGUGUUCCAGAAUUGAAAUCAACAACUUCGGGUGUUCAUGUGGACCAUUCGGUAUAACUCCGCCAUUUUGGCUCGCAGCUAAUAAGCCGGUUCUGGAUGACAAGGGAGGUAGUGAGGCUGAAAAGUUCAAGAAAUGCGUUGAGUCAUUUCCCUGCUCCAUUUGGGCAAUACAGUAUUACAUGGAGAAAUAUGCGCAAGACUGUGACAACGACAAGUUGAUCAACUGUGAUGAUUAUGUCUUAAUUCAUACAUUUGGGCCAAACAAUUGUCGUAAUGCUUCACUGAAUGAGGAACGUUUGGGAAGGUACAAGACCUGCAUGAGUAGAACUGAAAUAAUUCAACCAAGUAACGCGGGAAGUACAACCAAGUCUACAACAACAACAACCACAACUACAACAGAAAAGACCCAAACCACAGUUAAAAAAAGUGAAAAACUUGUGGACUUGUCCACUAUUAUGAACCAAACUUCAACCUUGCCUUCCACUGAAGAAGACGAUGUGGAAAAGGGGGAUUUGCCUUUGAAUGACGAAUCUUAUUCCUGAAUGAUCGUAAACAAAAAAAUAACACCGAAAAUAUUCGAUAAAAUGAUCACAAACCAAUGACAUGUAAUAAUAUAUUUUUAUUUUAAUAUCUAUAUAGAUCUGUAAUUUAUUACUAUUUAUUUGUAUUUAUUUUAUUUAUUCGAUUAAAACUUUUAUUCGUU